GGUCUCGGAAAGGGAGGAGCUAAGCGUCACCGCAAGAUUCUGCGUGACAACAUUCAGGGUAUUACGAAGCCUGCUAUUCGUCGUCUUGCCCGUCGUGGGGGAGUGAAGCGUAUUUCUGGUUUGAUCUAUGAGGAGACCCGUGGUGUGUUGAAAAUCUUUCUGGAGAAUGUUAUCCGGGAUUCUGUUACGUAUACUGAGCAUGCGAAGCGGAAGACGGUGACAGCGCUCGAUGUUGUCUAUGCCUUGAAGCGGUCAGGCCGCACUCUUUACGGUUUCGGCGCUUAG